AUUCAGGUACUUGCACAUGAAGUUAACUUAAAUCUAAUUAUAUUGUCAUUUCUCUUAAAAAUUGUCAUUUUAUUAAACCUUCUCUUCUAAUUUUUUUUAUUCGUUUCUUUUGCUUAGCUUUCAUAAUUAUUUCUCCACUAUAAAACUCGCUUCCUCACAAUACCACCUUUCCUCUUUUUUUCUUCUUCUUCUUCUUCUUCUUCUUCUUCUUCUUCUUCUUCUUCAAUUCCACCUUAAUUAUCUUGCUAAUUAACCACAUUUUUUCCUCUUAAUAUUCACAAUUUCAACCUAAAAUUAUCAAAAAUUACUUGCUUCAUUUUCAUACAUCCCUUUCUUUUAUUUUCUCCUUUUUAUUACUUUGUUCUCCCGUUUCUCUAAGAUUCAUAUUACUUGCUUUUGUUCCCCUCCAUUAUUACUUUCCCAAAUAUUAUAAAUUUUUGUUCAGUUUCCAAUCUAUUACAUCAAUGCAUUAGUCCAAAUUACAUAAUAUUUUCUUCCUUGCCAUGCAAUAAAAUUACACCCUACCAAAAAAAGUUAUGGCAACAGUGAGAAAACUAAUAGUAGAAAUAGUAGACGCAAGAAACCUUCUACCAAAAGACGGUCAUGGAACGUCUAGUCCCUACGUCGUCGUCGACUUCUACGGCCAACGAAAGCGUACGAAAACAGUCGUCAAGGACCUCAACCCGAGUUGGAAUGAGGCCCUUGAGUUCAACAUGGGUGGACCUUCCACCGUGUUUGGAGACACCCUUGAGAUCGACGUCUACCACGACAAGAAUCAUGGCCCUACUCGUAGGCAUAACCAUUUGGGUCGGGUUAGAUUCAGCUCAAGCUCGACUCAGUUCGUUAGGAAAGGUGAGGAGGCAUUGAUGUAUUUUCCUCUAGAGAAGAAGUAUCUUUUUAGUUGGAUACAAGGUGAGAUUGGUUUAAAGAUUUAUUACUCGGACGAAGCGUCAUCACCUCCACCACCAUCACCAACACCAACUCCUCCUCCGGUGUCGGAGAGUCCCGCACCGGUGGAAGCUUCUCCUGUAGAGGAGAAGAAAGAAGAGGAGCCACCUGCUGACACGUCAGCAGCUCCGGAAUUGGGUGGUGACGUGUCAGCUAAGCAACCUGAUGAGGGACCACCAUUACCUCCUGCAGAGGAGAAAAAAGCUGAGGAUAAAAAAGAGGAGGAUGAAUUACCACCAUUACCUCCGGUAGAACCAUUGUCAUCGCCAACGAGGGACCCACCACCAGAGAUUGAAGUAAUGGCGUCGACGGUUUCCAAUAUGAUACCAGAAGUUAAAGUUGCCGAAGACACCGGGAUGAAACCGCCGCCAUCAAUGCCACCGACGCCGGCAAUCUCGAGAACGGUGUCGACGGCUUCGUUCGAGAGUAUUCCGAUCGAACGGUCGACAUUUGAUCUAGUGGAGAAGAUGCAUUAUCUUUUUGUACGUGUUGUUAAGGCAAGAUCACUUCCUACUAAUGGCUGUCCAGUAGUGAAGAUUGUGGUUUCAAGCAACCGUGUAGUUUCCAAGCCAGCUAGGAAAACUAACUUCUUCGAGUGGGACCAGACGUUCGCUUUUGGGCGCGACUCGCCGGAGUCUUCUGCCAUUUUAGAGGUCUCGGUGUGGGACCCACCGAAUCCAGGUACGGCGGAUCCUACCGAGGGGUUGUCAAUGAGGGUGUUCUUAGGAGGGAUAUGUUUUGAUACGACGGAGAUUCCGCUGCGGGACCCACCGGAUAGUCCGUUGGCCCCGCAGUGGUACCGUCUCGAGGGAGGUGGGGCCAACAUGGGUGACUUAAUGCUCGCGACGUGGGUAGGUACUCAGGCGGAUGAGUCGUUUCCUGAGGCUUGGAAGACUGAUACUGCUGGGAAUGUGAAUUCAAGGGCUAAAGUAUACUUGUCUCCAAAGUUGUGGUACUUAAGAGCAACUAUUUUGGAUGCUCAAGAUAUCUUGUUUGCACCUAAAGAGUCCAUGUUUCAAGUUAAGGCUCAACUUGGGAUCCAAAUUUUGAAAACGAAGCCGGCGGUUAGCCGUAAUGGCUCGCCAGCUUGGAAUGAGGACUUGAUGUUUGUCGCGGCCGAGCCGUUUGGGGAUCAAUUGGUCUUAACAUUGGAAUAUCGUGCACCAAAGGGGUCGAUUGUUGUUGGGGUUGUUCGAGUGGCUUUGACUACGAUUGAGAGGCGGGUGGAUGAUCGAAAUGUGGUGGGUAAGUGGUUCACAUUUGAUGAUCCUAGCGGCGAUGAGAAAAAAGCGUAUAAAGCAAGAGUUCAAUUGAGGUUGUGUUUUGAUGGUGGGUAUCAUGUGAUGGAGGAGGCUGCUCAUAUGUCUAGCGAUUACCGCCCUACGGCGAGGCAAUUGUGGAAGCCUGCCGUAGGGAUGGUAGAGCUUGGGAUCAUUGGGUGUACGAAUCUUCUCCCGGCGAAGGCAGUGAAUGGUAAAGGGUCUAUUGAUGCUUAUGCUAUAGCUAAGUACGGUCCUAAGUGGGUUCGUACUCGUACCGUGUCUGAUUGUUUGGAUCCAAAGUGGAAUGAGCAGUACACAUGGAAAGUCUAUGACCCUUGUACGGUACUAACCAUCGGAGUGUUUGAUAGUUCAGGUGGUUUCGAAAGUGAUGAACAUUUAGAUGUUACACUUCCGGACUCACGAGUUGGGAAGGUUCGUAUACGUAUCUCCACCCUACAUACCGGAAAAGUGUACCGAAAUUCAUACCCCUUACUUACAUUAACACCAAUGGGGUUAAAGAAAAUGGGUGACAUAGAGUUGGCUGUAAGAUUUGUAAGAAGCACGCCUAAUCUAGAUGUGUUACAAGUCUACUCUCAACCAUUAUUACCUCUAAUGCACCACAUCAAGCCUCUUGCCCCAGGGCAACAAGAGAUGUUAAGAAUCGCGGCUGUUAAGAUCUUAGCCGUGCAUCUAUCACGAUCUGAGCCACCCCUUCGACAAGAAGUGGUUCGGUAUAUGCUAGAUGCAGACUCCCACACUUUUAGUAUGAGAAAAGUUCGAGCCAAUUGGUUUAGAAUUAUUAACUUGGUUGCUGGAGUAAUUGAUGUUGUCAAAUGGAUUGAAGAUACAAGAACAUGGAAAAACCCAACAUCUACUGUACUUGUGCACGCGUUACUAGUAAUGCUAGUUUGGUUCCCUGACCUCAUUAUUCCUACAUUGGCAUUCUAUGUCUUUGUAAUUGGUGCAUGGAACUAUAGGUUCCGGUCCCGUGACCCUCUCCCCCAUUUCGAUCCUAAGAUCUCAUUGGCCGAAAACAUUGAUCGUGAUGAGCUCGAUGAGGAAUUCGACAUAAUGCCAAGCAAUAGACCAUCGGAGGUUGUUCGUGCACGAUACGAUAAGCUCCGUACACUAGGUGCACGAGUCCAAACCGUAUUGGGUGAUUUAGCCACACAAGGGGAACGUAUACAAGCACUUGUGACAUGGCGCGACCCUCGGGCCACGGGUAUAUUUGUUGGGUUGUGCUUUGUGGUGGCAAUUAUAUUGUACUUGGUUCCAUCAAAGAUGGUAGCAAUGGCUUCAGGAUUCUACUACCUACGCCAUCCAAUGUUUAGAGAUCGCGCUCCUUCGCCGGCCAUCAAUUUCAUUAGGAGGUUGCCCUCAAAAACUGAUCGAUUAUUGUAGUUUACUAGUGAAUACAUAAACUAAAAUUUGUAAUCUAUGUUGUAUAAGUGUAAUUUACUUCCUAUGUGCAUGUUUUAACUUAUUGACCUUGUGAUUUCAGUUUUUUGAUAAUUAAUUGCAACUACAAAUAAUUAAAUUCCU